GAGAGAGAGAGAGAGAGAUGUCUUCCACUUCCCAAGCUAUGCUUAACCAGGGCUUGUUUGAGGAUCAAGAGAUGUCAUCACAACUGGGAUUUUUCUCUUUCUCUUCAAACUUGACCUCUCUUCCUUUUGGGUGCAAUCAGUCUCUGAAAACCCUCACAACAAUGCCUUCGUCACUUGUAGCCGAUGCUCCACCUACCUUCAGUGAAUCUGCAAAUCCAAAGCAAAAAGAAGAAGACAUCCCUUCUCAUUUUGGACCUCAACUUCUUUCCUUGCAAAGAUCAAGUGCAAAUCUCUGGGCAUGGGGAGGUGCAAAUGACUGCGUGAACAGCAAGAGAAGUGGUGGGGAUGAUCAUCUGGGGGUUUCAGCAAUGAAGAUGAAGAAAAUGAAAGCAAGGAGAAAGGUAAGAGAGCCAAGGUUUUGCUUCAAGACCAUGAGUGAUGUGGAUGUCUUGGAUGAUGGUUAUAAGUGGAGGAAGUAUGGCCAGAAGGUGGUAAAGAACACUCAACAUCCCAGGAGCUAUUAUCGUUGUACACAGGACAACUGCCGUGUAAAGAAACGUGUGGAGCGAUUAGCAGAGGAUCCAAGAAUGGUGAUAACAACGUACGAAGGGAGACAUGCGCAUUCUCCAUCGCACGAUGAGGAUGAUUCUCAAGCUUCCUCACAACUGAACAAUUUCUUCUGGUAGUGUCUUGAACUCUUAAUAGUAUCAUUGUUCUCCUCCUAAGUAAUGGUAAUGUACAAGCUUCCUUGCCUUUUAAUGCUUGGAACUUCGAGAAUAAGAGUAUUCUGAGUGUUUAAACCAGUAUAUAUA